GUCCGAAGGACUCGGCAGGACAGCGAGCUGGUGGCUGCGGGCGGCGCCGAGCGUGCCAGCGAACGAGGCCGGGCCAUGGGGCAGCGGGCAGUGGGCUCCUUGCUGCUGGGGCUGCUGCUGCACGCGCGGCUGCUAGCGGUGACGCAUGGGCUGAGGGCCUACGAUGGCCUUUCCCUCCCUGAGGACACAGAGACUGUCACAGCGAGCCGGUAUGGCUGGACCUACUCAUACCUCUCUGAUGAUGAGGACCUGCUGGCAGAUGACGCAUCGGGAGAUGGCCUCGGCAGCGGAGACGUGGGCAGCGGGGACUUCCAGAUGGUUUAUUUCCGGGCUCUGGUAAAUUUUACACGGUCCAUUGAGUACAGCCCCCAGCUGGAGGAUGCAAAUGCCAAGGAGUUCCGAGAGGUGUCGGAGGCUGUGGUAGAAAAGCUGGAGCCUGAAUACAGGAAGAUCCCCGGAGACCAGAUUGUCAGUGUGGUGUUCAUCAAGGAACUGGAUGGCUGGGUCUUUGUUGAGCUGGAUGUUGGCUCGGAAGGGAAUGCGGACGGAUCUCAGAUUCAAGAGGUGCUGCAUACAGUGGUCUCCAGUGGCUCCAUCGGCCCCUAUGUCACCUCCCCCUGGGGGUUCAAGUUCCGACGCCUGGGCACAGUGCACCAGUUCCCAAGAGUCUGCACAGAGACGGAGUUUGCUUGCCACAGGUAUAAUGAGUGUGUGGCUCUGGAGUAUCGCUGUGACCGGAGGCCUGACUGCAGGGACAUGUCUGAUGAACUCAACUGUGAGGAGGCAGUCCCCGAGCUCAGCACCCCGACACCUGCUGUGGGGAAGGUGUCACCUUUACCACUCUGGCCAGAAGCAGCCACAACACUUCCACCGCCAGUCACGCAUGGACCUCAGUUUCUGUUACCCAGUGUUCCUGGGCCCUCAGCCUGUGGGCCCAAGGAGGCCUCAUGCCACAGCGGACACUGCAUCCCUCGAGACUACCUCUGUGAUGGACAGGAAGACUGCAGGGAUGGCAGCGACGAACUGGGCUGUGCGUCCCCUCCACCCUGUGAGCCUAACGAGUUCGCCUGUGAAAAUGGGCACUGUGCUCUCAAGUUGUGGCGCUGUGAUGGUGACUUUGAUUGUGAGGACCGGACAGAUGAGGCCAAUUGUUCUGUCAAGCAGCCUGGAGAAGUAUGUGGGCCCACGCACUUCCAGUGCGUCUCCACCAGCCGCUGCAUCCCGGCCAGCUUCCACUGUGACGAGGAAUCCGACUGCCCUGACCGAAGUGAUGAGUUUGGCUGCAUGCCUCCCCAGGUAGUGACGCCUCCCCAGCAGUCCAUCCAGGCUUCCCGGGGCCAGACAGUGACUUUCACCUGCGUAGCCACUGGUGUCCCCACACCCAUCAUCAACUGGAGGCUCAACUGGGGCCACAUCCCUGCUCAUCCCAGGGUGACAAUGACCAGCGAGGGUGGGCGUGGCACGCUGAUCAUCCGUGACGUGAAGGAGGCAGACCAGGGCGCUUACACCUGUGAGGCCAUGAACUCGCGUGGCAUGGUGUUCGGCAUUCCAGACGGCGUACUGGAGCUCGUCCCGCAGCGAGGGCCCUGCCCUGACGGGCACUUCUACCUGGAGGACAGUGCCUCCUGCCUGCCCUGCUUCUGCUUUGGUGUGACCAACGUGUGCCAGAGCAGCCUGCGUUUCCGGGACCAGAUCCGACUGAGCUUUGACCAGCCCAAUGACUUCAAGGGUGUGAAUGUGACGAUGCCCUCACAGCCCGGUGUGCCGCCCCUCUCCUCCACCCAGCUGCAGAUCGACCCCACCCUGCAGGAGUUCCAGCUGGUCGACCUGUCCCGCCGAUUUCUUGUCCACGAUGCUUUCUGGGCCUUACCCAAGCAGUUUCUGGGCAACAAGGUGGACUCCUAUGGAGGCUUCCUGCGCUACAAAGUGCGCUAUGAACUGGCACGAGGCAUGCUGGAGCCGGUGCAGAAACCAGAUGUGAUCCUCGUGGGUGCAGGGUACCGCCUACACUCUCGAGGUCACACCCCCACCCAUCCUGGAACUCUGAACCAGCGUCAGGUCCAGCUCUCAGAGGAACACUGGGUCCAUGAGUCUGGCCGGCCUGUCCAGCGGGCUGAGAUGCUGCAGGCCCUGGCAAGCCUGGAGGCUGUCCUGCUACAGACAGUGUAUAACACCAAGAUGGCCAGUGUGGGGCUGAGUGACAUUGUCAUGGACACCACUGUCACCCAUACCACCAUCCAUGGCCGGGCUCACAGUGUGGAGGAGUGCAGAUGCCCCAUUGGCUAUUCUGGUUUGUCUUGCGAGAGCUGCGAUGCCCACUUCACCCGCGUGCCUGGCGGGCCCUACCUGGGUACUUGCUCUGGCUGUAAUUGCAAUGGCCAUGCCAGCUCCUGUGACCCUGUCUACGGCCACUGCCUGAAUUGCCAGCACAACACAGAAGGACCUCAGUGUGACAAGUGUAAGCCUGGCUUCUUUGGAGAUGCCACAAAGGCCACAGCCACUGCCUGCCGGCCCUGUCCCUGCCCAUACAUCGACGCUUCCCGAAGGUUCUCAGACACUUGCUUCCUGGACACGGACGGCCAAGCCACUUGCGACGCUUGUGCCCCAGGUUACACAGGCCGCCGCUGUGAGAGCUGUGCCCUUGGAUAUGAAGGCAACCCCAUCCAGCCUGGCGGGAAGUGCAGGCCCACCACCCAGGAACUUGUGCGCUGUGAUGAGCGAGGGAGCCUGGGCACCUCAGGGGAGACUUGCCGCUGUAAGAACAAUGUAGUGGGGCGCUUGUGCAAUGAGUGCUCGGACGGCUCGUUCCACCUGAGCAAGCAAAACCCGGACGGCUGCCUCAAGUGCUUCUGCAUGGGAGUCAGUCGCCAGUGCAGCAGCUCCUCCUGGAGCCGCGCCCAGGUGCUCGGGGCCUCAGAACAGCCCUCUCAGUUCAGCCUGACCAACGCCGCAGGCACCCACACCACCAGCGAGGGGGUCUUGUCCCCCGCACCCGGGGAGCUGUCGUUCUCUUCCUUCCACAACCUCUUGUCUGAACCCUACUUUUGGAGUCUUCCCGCCAGCUUCCGAGGGGACAAGGUGACGUCCUACGGCGGAGAGCUGCGCUUCACUGUGACGCAGAGGCCCCGGCCCAGUUCUGCGCCCCUGCACAGACAGCCCCUGGUGGUGUUGCAGGGCAACAACAUUGUGUUGGAGCAUCAUGCCUCGAGGGACCCCAGCCCUGGCCAACCCAGCAACUUCAUAGUGCCCUUCCAAGAGCAAGCGUGGCAGCGGCCUGAUGGGCAGCCAGCCACACGGGAGCACCUGCUGAUGGCCCUGGCAGGCAUUGAUGCCCUCCUCAUCCAAGCAUCUUACACGCAGCAACCAGCUGAGAGCAGGCUCUCUGGUAUCAGCAUGGAUGUGGCUGUGCCAGAGAACACUGGCCAGGACUCAGCCCGGGAAGUAGAGCAGUGUACCUGCCCCCCUGGUUACCGCGGCCCUUCCUGCCAGGACUGUGACACGGGUUACACACGCGUGCCCAGCGGGCUCUACUUGGGCACCUGUGAGCGCUGUAACUGCCAUGGCCACUCAGAGACCUGUGAGCCUGAGACAGGGGCAUGCCAGAGCUGCCAGCACCACACGGAGGGUGCUAGCUGUGAACAGUGCCAGCCAGGGUACUAUGGGGAUGCCCAGCGGGGCACACCACAGGACUGCCAGCCCUGCCCAUGCUACGGAGCCCCUGCUGCUGGCCAGGCUGCCCACACUUGUUUCCUGGACACAGAUGGCCACCCCACCUGUGACUCAUGCUCACCAGGACACAGCGGGCGUCACUGUGAGAGGUGUGCCCCAGGUUACUAUGGCAACCCCAGCCAGGGCCAGCCCUGCCACAGAGAUGGUCAGGUGCCAGAGGUGCUGGGCUGUGGCUGUGACCCCCAUGGCAGCAUCAGCAGCCAGUGUGACGCCGCUGGUCAGUGCCAGUGCAAGGCCCAGGUGGAGGGCCGUACUUGCAGUCACUGCCGACCUCACCACUUCCACCUGAGUGCCAGCAACCCGGAAGGCUGCCUGCCCUGUUUCUGCAUGGGUGUCACCCAGCAGUGCGCCAGCUCCUCUUACUCCCGCCAGCUGAUCUCUACCCACUUUGCUCCUGGGGACUUCCAAGGCUUUGCUCUGGUGAACCCUCAANGCAACAGCCAACUGACAGGGGGCUUCACUGUGGAACCAGUGCACGAUGGGGCCCGCCUCUCUUUCAGCAACUUUGCCCACCUCGGCCAAGAGUCCUUCUACUGGCAGCUGCNAGAAAUAUACCAAGGAGACAAGGUGGCAGCCUAUGGCGGGAAGCUGCGGUACACCCUCUCCUACACAGCCGGGCCACAGGGCAGCCCACUCUUGGACCCUGAUAUCCAGAUUACGGGCAAUAACAUCAUGUUGGUGGCUUCCCAGCCAGCACUACAGGGCCCAGAGAGGAGGAGCUAUGAGAUCAUCUUCCGAGAGGAGUUCUGGCGGCGGCCAGAUGGACAGCCUGCGACCCGAGAACAUUUGCUCAUGGCCCUGGCAGAUCUGGAUGAACUUCUGGUUCGGGCCACAUUCUCCUCGGUGCCACGGGCAGCCAGUAUCAGUGCCGUGAGCCUAGAAGUGGCCCAGCCAGGGCCCUCCAGUGGACCCCGAGCCCUUGAGGUGGAAGAGUGUCGCUGCCCCCCAGGCUAUGUUGGCUUGUCCUGCCAGGACUGUGCCCCGGGCUACACUCGCACUGGGAGCGGACUGUACCUUGGUCAGUGCGAGUUGUGUGAAUGCAACGGCCACUCUGACCUGUGUCACCCGGAGACUGGAGCCUGCUCGCGAUGUCAGCACAACACAGCCGGUGAGUUCUGUGAGCUGUGUGCAACUGGUUACUAUGGAGAUGCCACGGCUGGGACGCCUGAGGAUUGCCAGCCCUGUGCCUGCCCCCUGACCAACCCAGAGAACAUGUUCUCCCGCACCUGUGAGAGCCUCGGAGCUGGAGGGUACCGCUGCACCGCCUGUGAACCUGGCUACACUGGGCAGUACUGUGAGCAGUGUGCCCCAGGCUAUGAGGGUGACCCCAAUGUACAAGGAGGCCGGUGCCAGCCACUGACAAAAGAGUCCCUGGAGGUUCAGAUCCAUCCGUCUCGGAGCGUGGUUCCCCAAGGCGGCCCACACUCCCUGAGGUGCCAGGUCAGUGGGAGCCCACCACACUACUUCUACUGGUCCCGUGAAGAUGGACGGCCCUUGCCCAGCAGUGCUCAACAGCGGCAUCAAGGCUCUGAGCUCCACUUCCCUAGCGUGCAGCCCUCCGACGCCGGCGUCUACAUCUGCACCUGCCGAAACCUGAUUCACACGAGCAACAGCAGGGCUGAGCUACUGGUCGCUGAGGCUCCCAGCAAGCCCAUCACAGUGACAGUGGAGGAGCAGCGGAGCCAGAGUGUGAGGCCCGGAGCUGACGUCACCUUCAUCUGCACGGCCAAGAGCAAAUCCCCAGCCUACACCCUGGUAUGGACCCGCCUGCACAACGGGAAGCUGCCGUCCCGUGCUAUGGACUUCAACGGCAUCCUGACCAUUCGCAAUGUGCAGCCAAGUGACGCGGGCACCUACGUGUGUACUGGCUCCAACAUGUUCGCUAUGGACCAGGGCACAGCCACACUGCAUGUUCAGGUCUCAGGCACCUCCACUGCCCCUGUGGCCUCCAUACACCCGCCACAGCUCACCGUGCAGCCGGGACAACAAGCUGAGUUCCGCUGUAGUGCCACGGGGAACCCCACCCCCAUGCUGGAAUGGAUAGGGGGUCCUAGCGGCCAGCUUCCUGCGAAGGCUCAGAUCCACAACGGCAUCCUGCGCUUGCCAGCCAUUGAACCCUCAGAUCAGGGCCAGUACCUGUGCCGCGCCUUCAGCAGCGCUGGGCAGCAUGUGGCCAGGGCUAUGCUUCAGGUGCAUGGGGGCAAUGGACCCAGGGUCCAGGUUAGCCCCGAGAGGACCCAGGUGCAUGAAGGCCGCACAGUGAGGCUGUACUGCAGGGCAGCAGGGGUACCCAGUGCCAGCAUCACCUGGAGGAAGGAGGGAGGCAGCCUGCCCCCACAGGCCCGGUCAGAGAACACAGACAUCCCCACACUGCUCAUCCCAGCCAUUACAGCUGCUGACGCUGGCUUCUACCUCUGUGUGGCCACCAGCCCCACAGGCACCGCCCAGGCCCGCAUUCAGGUGGUCGUCCUCUCAGCUUCGGGUGCCAACUCAGUGCCAGUCAGGAUCGAAUCCUCGUCGCCAUCCGUGACGGAAGGACAGACACUUGACCUUAACUGUGCGGUGAUGGGGUUGACCUACACCCAGGUCACAUGGUACAAGCGAGGGGGCAGCCUGCCUCCCCAUGCCCAGGUCCACGGCUCCCGGCUGCGGCUCCCGCAGGUCUCACCGGCAGAUUCUGGAGACUAUGUGUGCCGAGUGGAGAGUGAUGUGGGCCCUAAGGAGGCUUCCAUUGUUGUCUCUGUCCUUCACAGCCCCCAUUCAGGCCCCAGCUACACCCCAGCCACCAGCAUCACCCCACCCAUCCGCAUUGAAUCCUCGUCCUCCCACGUGGCCGAAGGACAAACCCUGGAUCUGAACUGCGUGGUGCCUGGGCAGGCACAGGUGACGUGGCGCAAACGUGGAGGCAGCCUUCCCGCCAGGCACCAGACCCAUGGUUCCCUGCUGAGACUACACCAGGUGUCCCCUGCCGACUCAGGCGAGUAUGUGUGCCAUGUCGUCCUGGGCUCUGAGCACACAGAAACCUCUGUCCUGGUCACCAUCGAACCUGCCGAGUCUAUCCCUGCCCCUGGACCUGCCCCUCCUGUCAGAAUUGAGGCCUCAUCCUCCACUGUGACUGAGGGUCACAUGCUGGAUCUCAACUGUGUGGUGGCAGGACAGGCCCAGGCACAGGUCACAUGGUACAAGCGUGGGGGCAGCCUGCCAGCCCGGCAUCAGGUCCGCGGCUCCCGCCUGUACAUCUUACAGGCUUCCCCAGUAGAUGCUGGAGAAUAUGUGUGCAGGGCAGGCAAUGGGCAGGAAGCCACCAUCACAGUCACGGUCACACGCAACCAAGGGGCCAACCUUGCCUACCCCCCGGGUAGCACGUCACCCAUUCGCAUUGAGUCCUCUUCCUCUCACGUGGCUGAGGGGCAGACCCUGGAUCUAAAUUGUGUGGUGCAAGGACAGGCCCAUGCCCAGGUCACAUGGCACAAGAGAGGAGGCAGCCUGCCUGCCCGGCACCAGACCCAUGGCUCCCUGCUGCGGCUGCACCAGGUGUCUCCUGUGGACUCAGGAGAAUAUGUGUGCCGAGUGGAGGGAGGGCCCGUGCCUCUGGAGAGCUCUGUCCUGGUGGCCAUUGAGCCUGCAGGCACUGCACCUCCAGUCCGAAUUGAAUCAUCUUCCUCCCACGUGUCGGAAGGGCAGAGUCUGGAUCUGAAUUGCCUUGUUUCUGGGCAGACUCACCCCCAGAUCUCCUGGCACAAGCGUGGGGGCAGCCUCCCUGCCCGGCAUCAGGUACAUGGCUCAAGACUGAGACUUCUCCAGGUGACCCCGGCUGACUCUGGAGAGUAUGUGUGCCGAGUCGUCAGUGGCUCAGGCACCCAAGAAGCCUCUGUCCUUGUCACCAUCCAGCAGACCCUCAGCCCCUCCCACUCCCAGAGUGUGGUGCACCCAGUGCGCAUUGAAUCCUCGUCACCUUCGCUGGCCAAUGGGCAUACUCUGGACCUGAACUGCCUGGUUGCCAGUCUCACCCCCCACACCAUCACCUGGUACAAGCGCGGAGGCAGCUUACCCAGCCGGCAUCAGAUUGUGGGCUCCCGCCUCCGGAUCCCUCAAGUGACCCCAGCGGACUCCGGAGAGUAUGUGUGUCACGUCAGUAACGGCGCUGGCUCCCAGGAGACCUCUCUCAUCGUUACCAUCGAGAGCAGAGGGCCAUCCCAUGUGCCCAGUGUCUCCCCACCAAUGAGAAUUGAGACCUCAUCUCCCACAGUGACGGAAGGACAGACCCUGGAUCUGAACUGUGUGGUGGUCGGGCGGCCUCAGGCAACCAUCACAUGGUAUAAGCGUGGGGGCAGCCUGCCAUUCAGACACCAGGCCCAUGGCUCUCGUCUACGGCUACACCACAUGUCGGUGGCUGACUCCGGCGAGUAUGUGUGCCGAGCCAACAACAACAUUGACGCCCAGGAGACCUCCAUCAUGAUCUCGGUCUCCCCUAGCAACAACAGUCCCCCUGCCCCCGCCAGCCCUGCACCCAUCAGAAUAGAGUCUUCCUCUUCACAUGUGGCCGAAGGACAGACCCUGGAUCUGAACUGUGUGGUCCCUGGGCACGCCCAUGCCCAGGUCACAUGGCACAAGCGAGGGGGUAGCCUGCCCACUCAUCAUCAGACGCACGGCUCAAGGCUUCGGCUGUACCAGGUGAUCCCAGCCGACUCGGGCGAAUAUGUGUGCAGCGUUCUGAGCAGCUCUGGCCCUCUGGAGGCUUCCGUCCUGGUCUCGAUUACACCAGCUGCCGCUAAUGUCCACAUCCCUGGUGGAGUCCCGCCCAUCCGCAUCGAGACUUCCUCCUCCCGAGUGGCUGAGGGGCAGACCCUGGAUCUAAGCUGUGUGGUUCCUGGGCAGGCCCAUGCCCAGGUCACAUGGCACAAACGUGGAGGCAGCCUGCCCGCUGGGCACCAGGUCCAUGGCCACAUGCUGAGACUGAACCGUGUGUCCCCAGCGGACUCUGGCGAGUACUCAUGCCAAGUGACUGGCAGCUCAGGUACCCUGGAGGCUUCUGUCCUGGUCACCAUCGAGGCCUCUGAACCCAGCCCUAUCCCUGCCCCCGGCCUGGCUCAGCCUGUCUACAUAGAGUCCUCCUCCUCCCAUUUGGCUGAAGGGCAGACUGUGGAUCUGAAGUGCGUGGUACCAGGGCAAGCCCAUGCCCGGGUCACAUGGCACAAAAGAGGGAGCAGCCUGCCUGCCCGACACCAGACUCAUGGCUCCCUGCUGAGGCUCUACAAUAUCUCCCCUGCUGACUCUGGCGAGUAUGUGUGCCAAGUGGCUGGUAGCUCCCACCCUGAGCAUGAGGCUUCCUUCAAGCUCACAGUACCCUACAGCCAAAACACUUCCUUCCGCCUCAGAAGCCCUGUCAUCUCCAUUGAGCCACCCAGCAGCACGGUACAGCAGGGCCAAGAUGCCAGCUUCAAGUGCCUUAUUCACGAGGGAGCAACGCCCAUCAAGGUUGAGUGGAAGAUUCGGGACCAAGAGCUGGAGGACAACGUUCACAUUAGCCCCAACGGCUCCAUCAUUACCAUCGUGGGCACCCGGCCCAGCAACCAUGGAGCCUACCGCUGCAUGGCUUCCAAUGUCUAUGGCAUGGCCCAGAGUGUCGUCAACCUCAGUGUGCACGGGCCCCCUACGGUGUCUGUGCUCCCCGAGGGCCCUGUGCAUGUGAAGAUGGGGAAGGACAUCACCCUGGAGUGCAUUAGUUCCGGAGAACCGCGCUCUUCCCCUCGUUGGACCCGACUCGGCAUCCCUGUCAAGUUGGAGCCGCGGAUGUUUGGGCUCAUGAAUAGCCACGCGAUGCUGAAGAUCGCAUCCGUGAAACCAUCAGAUGCAGGCACCUACAUGUGCCAAGCCCAGAACGCCCUAGGCACGGCACAGAAGCAGGUGGAGCUGAUCGUGGACACUGGCACCGUGGCCCCGGGGGCUCCCCAGGUCCAAGUUGAAGAAGCUGAGCUGACCUUGGAGGCUGGCCACACAGCCACUUUACACUGCUCAGCCACGGGCAACCCCCCACCCACCAUCCACUGGUCCAAGCUGCGCGCCCCACUGCCCUGGCAGCACCGGAUAGAAGGCAACACACUGGUCAUUCCCCGGGUGGCCCAGCAGGACUCAGGACAGUACAUCUGUAACGCCACCAACUCUGCUGGGCACACUGAAGCCACCGUUGUCCUGCAUGUGGAGAGUCCUCCAUAUGCCACCAUAAUUCCAGAACAUACCUCAGUGCAGCCAGGGAAACUGGUUCAGCUGCAGUGCCUGGCUCACGGCACGCCCCCACUCACCUACCAGUGGAGCCUUGUGGGCGGUGUCCUCCCCGAGAAGGCGGUUGCCAGGAACCAGCUGCUGCGCCUGGAGCCCACAGUCCCCGAAGACUCUGGCCGCUACCGCUGCCAGGUCUCCAACAGGGUGGGCUCCGCGGAGGCCUUUGCUCAAGUCCUGGUCCAAGGCUCCUCUAGCAAUCUCCCUGACACUUCCAUCCCGGGAGGAUCCACACCCACUGUGCAAGUCACUCCUCAGCUAGAGACCCGGAACAUAGGGGCCAGCGUUGAGUUCCACUGUGCUGUGCCCAAUGAGCGUGGCACCCACCUUCGCUGGCUCAAGGAGGGCGGUCAGCUGCCUCCUGGACACAGUGUACAAGAUGGAGUCCUCAGAAUCCAGAACUUAGACCAGAGCUGCCAAGGGACAUAUGUCUGUCAGGCCCAUGGGCCUUGGGGACAAGCCCAGGCCACUGCCCAGCUGAUCGUUCAAGCCUUGCCCUCCGUGCUGAUCAAUGUCCGCACCUCCGUGCACUCCGUGGUAGUCGGCCACUCUGUGGAGUUUGAGUGCUUGGCCCUGGGUGACCCUAAGCCUCAGGUGACAUGGAGCAAAGUCGGGGGACACCUACGGCCUGGCAUCGUGCAAAGCGGAAGCAUCAUCAGGAUUGCCCACGUGGAGCUGGCUGAUGCAGGACAGUACCGCUGUGCAGCUACCAAUGCCGCCGGCACCACCCAGUCCCACGUGCUGCUGCUGGUACAAGCCUUGCCCCAGAUCUCAACUCCCCCGGAGAUCCGAGUGCCUGCCGGUUCUGCGGCUGUCUUCCCAUGCAUGGCCUCAGGCUACCCGACGCCUGCCAUCACCUGGAGUAAGGUGGACGGUGACCUGCCACCCGACAGUCGCCUGGAAAACAAUAUGCUGAUGCUACCAUCAGUUCGCCCCGAGGAUGCCGGCACCUAUGUGUGCACUGCCACCAACCGGCAGGGCAAGGUCAAAGCCUUUGCCUAUCUGCAGGUGCCAGAGCGAGUGAUACCCUACUUCACCCAGACACCCUACUCCUUCCUGCCACUUCCCACCAUCAAAGAUGCCUAUAGGAAGUUUGAGAUCAAGAUCACCUUCCGGCCAGACUCUGCAGAUGGUGAGCAGGCACCUCGUGGGACUGGGAGACUGGCCUGGGGUCCGUCGGCCUGGGCCUGUCUGAAGACACGUUUACAAACACUUUCUUGCCCCUCCCCCACCCCCUGGAGCAGAUUUGAUGCAGGCUCUGGCAUGGCCACUAUCCGCCACCCCACACCUCUGGCCCUAGGCCAGUUCCACACCGUGACCCUGUUACGAAGCCUCACUCAAGGAUCUCUGAUUGUGGGCAAUUUGGCCCCUGUCAAUGGGACCUCCCAGGGCAAGUUCCAAGGUUUAGACCUGAAUGAGGAGCUGUAUCUGGGUGGCUACCCUGACUACGGUGCCAUCCCCAAGGCUGGGCUGAGUAGUGGCUUUGUAGGCUGUGUACGUGAGCUGCGUAUCCAAGGCGAGGAGAUUGUCUUCCAUGACGUCAACCUCACAACACAUGGCAUCUCCCACUGCCCUACUUGCCAGGACCGACCCUGCCAGAAUGGGGGCCAGUGCCAAGAUUCCGAGAGCAGCAGUUACACGUGUGUCUGCCCUGCUGGUUUCACUGGCAGCCGCUGUGAACAUUCGCAAGCCCUGCACUGCCACCCCGAGGCCUGUGGGCCCGACGCCACUUGUGUGAACCGGCCAGAUGGUCGAGGCUACACCUGUCGCUGCCACCUGGGCCGCUCUGGGGUGAGGUGUGAAGAAGGUGUAACGGUGACCACCCCAUCGAUGUCUGGUGCUGGCUCCUACCUGGCACUACCAGCUCUCACCAACACUCACCAUGAGCUACGCCUGGAUGUGGAAUUCAAGCCGCUGGAACCCAAUGGGAUCUUACUGUUCAGUGGGGGCAAGAGCGGGCCUGUGGAAGACUUUGUGUCCCUAGCGAUGGUUGAUGGCCACCUGGAGUUCCGCUAUGAGUUAGGGUCAGGUCUGGCUGUUCUGCGGAGCCACGAGCCACUGGCUUUAGGACGCUGGCACCGAGUGUCUGCGGAACGCCUGAACAAAGAUGGCAGCCUGCGGGUGGAUGGAGGGCGUCCUGUGUUACGCUCUUCACCAGGAAAGAGCCAGGGCCUUAACCUGCAUACACUGCUCUACCUUGGUGGUGUGGAGCCCUCGGUACAGCUGUCCCCAGCCACCAAUAUGAGUGCUCACUUCCACGGCUGUGUGGGUGAGGUAUCUGUGAAUGGCAAGCGGUUGGACCUCACCUACAGCUUCUUGGGCAGCCAGGGUGUGGGUCAGUGCUAUGACAGCUCCCCAUGCGAGCGCCAACCCUGCCGGAAUGGUGCCACGUGCAUGCCUGCGGGCGAAUAUGAGUUCCAGUGCCUCUGUCAAGAUGGCUUCAAAGGAGACCUUUGUGAACAUGAGGAGAACCCUUGCCAGCUGCAUGAACCAUGUCUGAAUGGUGGCACCUGCCGGGGUGCCCGAUGCCUCUGUCUGCCUGGCUUCUCUGGUCCACGCUGCCAACAAGGCGCUGGAUAUGGGGUAGUGGAGUCAGACUGGCACCCUGAAGGCAGUGGAGGCAAUGAUGCCCCUGGGCAAUAUGGAGCCUACUUUUAUGACAAUGGCUUCCUAGGCCUCCCUGGUAACAGUUUCUCAAGGAGCCUGCCUGAAGUACCCGAGACCAUUGAAUUCGAGGUUCGGACCAGCACAGCUGACGGCCUCCUGCUCUGGCAGGGUGUGGUGAGAGAGGCCAGCCGCAGCAAGGACUUCAUUAGCCUUGGACUACAGGAUGGCCAUCUAGUCUUCAGCUACCAACUGGGCAGUGGGGAGGCCCGUCUUGUCUCAGAAGACCCCAUCAAUGACGGCGAGUGGCAUCGGAUAACAGCACUGCGAGAGGGCCAGAGAGGCUCCAUCCAAGUAGACGGUGAGGAUCUGGUCACCGGCCGGUCCCCAGGUCCUAAUGUGGCGGUCAACACCAAGGACAUCAUCUACAUUGGCGGUGCCCCAGAUGUGGCCACACUGACCAGGGGCAAGUUCUCCUCUGGGAUAACAGGCUGUAUCAAGAAUCUGGUGUUGCACACGGCCCGGCGUGGAGCCCCGCCCCCACAGCCCCUGGACCUGCAGCAUCGGGCCCAGGCAGGGGCCAACACACGGCCCUGCCCCUCAUAGGCACCCACCUGCCUCCCACGGACUCAUGGGCAGCACCCAGCCUGACAGUGUCGAGUAUAUUAUUAUUAAUAUUAUUAUGAUCUUUUGUAAGAGACAGGCAAGGCCACGCUUCGCUGCUACCGCCCUGGGCUGGACUGGAGGGUGGGUGCGCCAACUUCCCACGCAUUCGUGGGCAGAGCCCCGAGGAUGGUGGGCAGGACAAGGGGACUGGAAGAGGUUUCCUCAGAAGGCUCCCGGAACUUGGAGUCAGGCAUCGUGACUGGUAGGGCUCAGAACUGUUCCCAUCCCUUUCCCUGCUUCAGCGUCAGUCUGGGCUGCCCAUUUCAGCAGGCCGUGCGGACAGUCCUCAUUGCUGUGAGCGCCAGCCUCAGUUAUCACCUGGUGCCUCACUGUCAAACUGAACGAGGGGGUGUGGCCAUGGCCUGAGCCACUGUUCUGGGAGCAGAAGGCAGCUCACUGUCUACCCCCACCUCCCCACAAGGGCCACAUACCAUCCCAGCCUCCUCCACACCCACCUAGCCAGAGGUCCCAUGUCCCUGGCAGUCUCCCCUCCCACCCAGCCCUCCUCCACCUGCAUUCCCCGACCCCUACCCCCACNCCACCCCCACCACCCCAACCCUCCCCACCCCACCCCACACACACACAGCCCAGGGCUCUGCCCUCAGGAGCUGCAAGGGAAACCAACUCGUUCCCAGAAUCGCUAGGCAGAGCCCAGCAAUGAAGUCCCACCACACCAAGCCACACCCCCCACUCUUCUGGAGGUGAAGGCCCAGGGCGUGGGGGAGCAGGGAUCAGGAACACCAGUGGCUUGGUGGAGGCAGCUGAGACCUCAGCUUGGGAAGGGAAGGAGGGAUGAUGAUAACCCUGCCCGUUUGGGAGCCUGAGGACCUGACUAAGGGGUAAGCAGGCCCAGACUGUGGCUCUUGGGUCCUAGAGGGAACCCCCUGUGGUCUUUCUCUGAUUUUUUUUUUCUUAAUAAACGGUGCUAUCCCUGCUA